AUGCUGCGGCACCCGCGACAGCUCAAGUCUCUGCGCAAAGCGGUGUCCGAGUCGCAGCUGCGGACGCUGGUGGUGACGCGGUCGGCGUCGCCGGUGGAUGCUGCCGGCGAUGGGGGCGGAAGCGGCGGGAACGGUGCCGGCGGGCGCAGUCGAGGACGGUCGUCAAGCGGCGGGGCGGACGAUGGGCUCGGCGGGCUCGGAGGAGAGAGCAUGUGCCUGGGGAGCGCAAGCCGGCUUGGAGAGGUGGCCAACGGGACGAUUGUGGUGCAGCUGCUGUGCGGGACGGCGCUGGCACCCAAGGACAAGACCGGCACGUCGGAUCCUUUUGUGGGCGUGUGGUGCGUGCCGGCCGGGGCAUGGCCGCCUGGUACGGCGCCAAGUUCGCGAUCGGCAGACGCGGCAGCACUGGAUGCGGCCGCGUAUGGCAAGCCGGUCUACACUGACGUGGCGUGGCGGAAUCUGAAUCCGACAUGGCGACAGGCACGGUUCGAGCUCCCGCUCGUCGACGCCAGCGACGUGCUUGUCUUUCGGGUCUUUGACAAGGACCGGAUCGGGCGGUCGGACUUUAUGGGCGAGGCGAUGCUGCCUGUAGCUGCGGCACUGCGGCACGCCAAGCCGCGGCACGCAGUGCUUGCGCUCGCGCAGCGAGGCUUUGCCUCGGAGGCGGUGUCGGGCCACAUCGAGCUGGUGUUUGCGGCGAUUCCUCCGGGCCGCGACACCCGCCGCAUCACGUUGGACACACUGCUUGCGGCACGGCAGAUGGACGUGGACGAGGUUGUUCUCCCACGCGAGUUUGAAGCCGAGCCGCGGUUUGAGGUCAGUGACGCGGGCGAAAAGCCUGGCCAGCUGCUACAUGUACUGGAGAAUCCGCACGAGUUGAUGCGGUGGGUGACCGGAGCGGUUCGGGCUACGCCGGCGCGGACGCCAGAUGUCUUUGUGUACUCGUCAGCCACUGAAGGCGUGCUGGCGGUGGCGGUGGUAGCGGAGGCGCUGCCGCUGUUUGGACACGUGUACUGGGUGGCUGUCUUCUCCAAGACCCAGAUCUCGCGCCACACGUUUGAGGACGAGUCGCCAGAGGUACUGCCGUUUGACGCGGUGCUUGGAGCAGUUCGUCCGGAGCUUGCGGCUAUUGCACCGUACUUUGCGCGGGUACCGCCGUCGGCGGCUGCCGGCCUCUCCACACUGCAAACGUUGGAGGCGUCGGAUGCGGCGGCGAAGCGGGUGAAGAUUGGAGUGCUGAUUGCGCGCGAGGGUCAGACGUUGGAGAACGAGAUGUACGCCAAUUGCGAUGCGACCGCAGCCGAGCGCGAGUUCCUCGAGCUCCUGGGCACGCGAGUCCGACUCAAGGGCUUUGACGGGUAUGCAGCGCAGCUGGACACGACCAACGAUGGCUCGGGCACGCAUUCGUACUACCGGGCCGGCUUUGCUGGCUACGACAUAAUGUUCCACGUCUCGACGGAGCUGCAGUAUGAUGCAACCGAUGCGCAGCACAUCCAGCGGAAGCGGUUUAUAGGCAACGACAUUGUGGUCAUUGUGUUUGUGGACGGGAGCACGCCGUUUCACGUCGACCGUAUGACAUCGCAGUACACUAACGUGGUCUUGGUUGUCCAUCACGACGUGGCUUGCAACGGCUACCGGCUGACGGUGGUGCGCAAAAAGGGAGUGCAACCGUUUGUGCCGCUGCUCGCUACCUCGCAGGUGUACGCCAAGACAGAGGACUUUGCAACACUGCUGCUCACCAAGGCCAUCAACGGCGAGACAGCGACGUUUGUCUCGACCGAGUUUGCCAUCCGGGCGGCGCGGACACGGGCCAACUAUCUCGACUCGAUGCUCGAUGCGUUGCGUGCCGACCACGACGCUGGGCCGCUUGUCGAGCGGAUGCUGGCCCACAAGCUGCCGCGGCUGACGCGGUCGGGCCAGUCCACCCAUGCACUGAGUGUGGUGAAGCCGGGCGAUGUGGCAUGCUCGAUGCUCGGGGCGCUGGCGGCGGCAGAGCUUCCCAACCGGAUUGUGGAGGCCCACCCGCUGCUCACCGAGUUUCCGUUUUUUGUGCGGUGCCUCUCAAGCGUGGUGGGGCGUAGGGGCGAGCGCGUGAAGCGCGUGCUGUUUGCGUCUGCCAAGGGCCUGUUUGUCAACGUGCUCGGGACGCGGUCGGUGACCAAGGUGUUGGACCUUGUGUUCAUCGAGCAGAUUCUGGUGUCGGAAGAGGCUGACUUGCUUGUGGUGCGAACGGGCGGGCGGCGGGCGGCUGUGCUUGCGUUUCCGCUGGUGGACCUCCUUGCUGGCCUGCAGUCGUCGACCAUGUACGUGCCUGUGCAAUCGCCGACGCUAGUGCGGCUCGGCGAGGUCGACGGAGUGGUCAUGGUGUUUGUGGCGGCACGGACGCGGAAGCAGGGCAACGCCAUUUCGAUUUUUGCGCGUGAACCCGAGUCGGGCGAGAUAUUCCGGCUGGAGACACUGCAUGUCGACGGAGUGGUGACGGCGCUCAUGCCCACACGAUCCGGGGUCCUGGUUGGCCUCUCGGCGCGGCCGCUGAGCAAGCCAGGCGGCGAGGGUUGCGAUGCCGAGGCAAGUGCCAGCGACGAUGUGGCAACGUUCUCGUUCUGGUCGUGGGAGCUGGCGCAGCGCGAGUUUGUGCCCAAGACCCUGCUACAGCGCGACGGCGAGCAGGCGGUGGCGGCGUUUAGCGGUUUACCCGAGGGCCGGGCUCUGCUGGCGUUUUCGAGUCACGCGCUGUUUGUCUCGGCCACCGGAGUUGUCGACACGAACUCCACACUCAAGUUUGGCUCUGCGCCGCUGCAUCUUGCGUAUGACAAGGAGAUGGAGGUGAUUGUGGCUUAUCACGCCACUUACGUGGCGGUGUACGCUGCGGCAUCGGGCGCGAUUGUGGACAUGCAUCCGCUGCGGACGCUCGGUCGGUUUGGCUGCUCGGGCCCGCUCCUGCUCUCGCCGACCAUGUCUGAGCUUGGCACGCCGGGCGUAGCGGAGCUUGUCAUCCGUGGGAGCGACGCGCCAGCGUUGGCGGUCAAGGCCGAGCCCGCGUCGCCAACGCUGCGGCUGAGCGACUUGGCGGCGCCAAUAGGCUUGGAUGAGCUCGUUUCGAGCGCGGUCGGGAUCGAGCAAGGCGCGUCGCGGGCGUCACUUCUCCGCGGCUCCAUCGGUAGCUCGCUCAAUGCCACCUUUGUCAAUCAUGACCACCUGGUUGUUCAACGCUCUUCACCGGUGCUGCGGGCGGUGCCGCUGGAGAUGGCACUCGACGACGCCGCGGACGAGGACGACGAGCUUGUCGACGGCGACUCGUACAGCGGAGGGGACGUGGCAGACAUAUCGUCGCCGGUCGGGUCGAUGGUCGGCGGCGGGAGUGGAAUUUCAGGCGUGCCAUCGCUCCAUGCCAUGGCGGUCUCGUAUCUUCCGCGCGUGGCAACGCCUGUGGUGGUCAAGGACAAGCACGAGGGCCUCCAUGCCAUCCAGCGAGACCUCGCGUCUGUCCAACGGCGCCUGCUGGCACUGAUACAAAAUGCGCCGCCGUCGCCACCGGUGUGCGGGGUGACGGCCGUGCUGGGCUCGGUGUACACAGGGCUGGGACAAGGGGUGUUCCAAGGCGAGGCCAUGACGCUUGUGACUGCCGGGAUGGAUGUGUGGAUGCUGCAUGCCGGGACAACGGGCUCUGUCGCGUUUAUGAAGGCGACGCCGUCGGCCUCGGCACCGGCCGACUUUGAGCUCGAGCACCUUGCGGCGAUCCAGGGCGCGAGUGGCUCACCUACGCCUGCCGGAGUUGGGAUGGAUUGUGCGGUUGGCGCGAGUGGCAACUACUCGACGCUCUCGUCUGGUGAUGACUGCUCGUGGUUCCGGGUGGUGCUGUCUGCGGACGAGUGCGCGGCGCGCGGCGAGGCGCUGACGCUGCGGUUCAACAAGCCGACGGCGAGUGCGCCGAGCCCUUCGCCUGGGGCGGCGUGCUCGCUGGCGCUGGGAGACACGUUUGUUGGCACUGCGUUUGGCGAGGCGGUGACACUGGUGCUUGGCCCCGGCGGAGCGACGACGCUCAACGGAUCGACCAACGGGCUGUAUCUGAUGCACACAUCGUUCUCGUCGGACGUGUCGACCAUGACGGUGCGCGAUGUGGCGGCACCGACUCCGGGCUCGUCGUUUGCGACGUGCAACUACACCGAUUCCGGCUCGUACGACGUCACAUGGAGCAGUGACUGCUCGACGAUCACGCUGCGCGACGUGUCGGCCGACUCGUGCCCGCGAGUCCUCCUCCUCGACGCGCUGGAGCUGAAGCGGUACGAUCCGACGCCCGCGGUGACCAAGCCGGCGCCGCGGCACGUCAAGACGCUUGGCUUUAACUCGACCAAGAUCACUCGGGCCAUCAUUGUGCUUGCUUCGGUGAGCGGCUUUUGCCUCGCGCUCAACGUCUGCCUUGCGUCGGCGCGGAAGCGGUCGAGCCCUGAAGAGCGGUCGUCGCGGCCAGACCCGCUGAUGGCUGCCAUGGAAGAGAAUGCAGUGUAAAGGAAAAAGGUGUAUGGGC